AUGACUGCUUCAGUUCCCACGCAAGAAAAGGAAGAUGACAGUAACACCAAUGAGAACAACCAAGAGAACAAUGUUGCCAAUGAUGAAACCAAGGAUGGCGGUGGCGGUGAUGACAACAAUGACAACAAAACUGAAGAUGACAAUAAAGACGACUCUAGAAAAGAAGACCCAAGUGCAGACAACAAUACUGAAAGCAAGAAUGACGAAGACAAUAAGGACAAUGACCAAGACGGCCAAGACAACAAUGACGAAGAAAACAUUGACAACAACGAAGCAAGUGAAAGUGAAGUGAUUGAAGAAGUUGAUCCCUUAGAAAUCUUAAGACGUGUUUGUAAGAAGUUUAUUCGUCGUGUCGAUAUUCUGGGUGUCACCAAAGAAUCGUGGCUUGAGGAAAAUGUCAAGUCACUGGAGCGGUUCAUUGAGGACACCUCUAUUGCCACCCUGGUUGUCUAUUUGGACAGCAGCAUGACACUUAAAGUGGAAUACACCAUUCCUACUCAGGUGGUGGAGGAGCUGGCCUACUUUAUCCGUGAGCCAGGGACUGUAGUGACUCCAGAUAACUUCUAUGAAGAGGUGGAAUACGGCACAGUGCAGGGCGAUCCCACCGAGAGCUUGCUUCACUUUGUGACCAGUUUGCAUUCCGAUGAAAAUGACAUCAGCAGUGACUGGGAAACGGGCAUUAAGGACAACUACAUCAACGGCAUGCAUAACUAUCUAGCCAUCCUCACAGACCAUGUUAGUAAGAAAGAAAGUAAGACUGUGCUAUACAUCCCAAUGGAAGGCCUGAUUGACAGCGCUGAGGAGAGCAGCAAGGACACCCAUUUAGUGCAGAGGAUGGAAUCUGUCUUAAUCCACUGGACGGACCAAAUCAAGGAGCUGCUGAACAUCCAAGACACCUCCAGGAGCAACAACAGAGGUCCAAUUCAAGAGAUAGCAUAUUGGGAGAGUCACUCCAAAAAGCUUCGGGACAUGAGUAAGCAGCUACAGAAGCCAGGUGUCAAGCUCAUUCAGCAUAUGCUAGAGCUGGCAAACUCACUCUAUGUCAAGCGCUUCUUAAAACUGGCCAUGGAAUUACAGGAUUCAUCCUUGGAGGCCCAGUCCAACCUCAACUUCCUGUCCUUAUUGUCAGGCCCCUGUGAAGAAUUGCGUGACAUCCCAAUUAGUGAACUGGCUCCCAAACUGCAGCACAUAAUAUAUGUAAUUCGCAUCAUCUGGACUAACUCUACCCACUACAACACCAAUGAGCGGAUCACUGGCCUCUUUCUUAAGAUGAGUUAUGAGAUAAUCAACUUGUGUAUCAAGAGCGUCUCCCUCGACAGGAUUUUUGAGGGCUAUGUGACUUCCAGCAAGAAAGAACUUAACAUCUGCAUUGAGUGCUGCCUUAGCUGGAAGAACAUGUACUUGCGUACAGCUGAGCUGCACCAUGAGAAUUCUAAAAAAGGGUGGAUGCUGGACCAAACAAAUAUUUUUGUCCCAAUUGAUGCCUGUAUUCAAAGAAUGAAAGACUUGCUGGAGGUAUGCAAUACUCAACAACAGUUUGCCCGUUGGGAAGACGGGAACCAGAGACCGUUGCCGUGCUUCAGUGGCUACCAGGGCCCAGAACUAACACUCUCCCUCAUGAAGAUAGAAGCCAAGUUCCAGCACGGCUUGCAGACCUUGCGCUCCAUGGACCAGGCCAUCCUUGAAGUGGAGAACACUGCAUGGCACAUUGAGUUCAACAGGUUCCGUGCAUUUUUAAAGGAUUUAGACGUAAUGCUUCAGAACCUGAUAACCUCCGUGUUCAAGACUGUGAACUCUGUGGAGGAAGGGCUUCGGCUGAUGGACAUUUUUAAAACUAUCUCUGCCAGAAAAUCAAUCAAGAGCAAAAUAGAUGAGAUGGUGGAUGGAAUCUAUGCUAUCUUCAAGAAGGAGAUCAGUAUGACAAUGAAACAUAUUGAUCAGAAGAUGGUGAUAAUCCCCAACUACCUGCCACCUUUGGCAGGCCAAGCCCACCGAGCUAGGGCUAUCAAAUUCCAUUUAGAAAGCCUUAUGGAUGUGAUUCAGAAGAUUCCCAUCCGGGCUGAAUCACACAGCUGCAGGCAGGUGAGGGUUCACUACCAGCAAUCCAUUCAGACUCUGAAUGACUUGGUGACACAGAGGUUUGCAGACUGGUACCAGAGUCUGGAGCUGCAGUAUGUCAAGAAACUGGAGCGGCCCCUUUUGCUCCGUGGCAAGGACAACAGGAUUGAGGUCAACUUUGACAACAACCUUUUAAAUCUCUUUGGCGAGAUCAAGUUAUGGAGUCAGCAAAAGUUUGAUAUACCCGAGUUUGUGACUGAGAUUUACCAGGAUCGUGAAGAUCUGCGAUGCCUGAGGGAAAGAGCGCUGCACUUAGCCCGUGACUAUAACAGGAUCAUUGGAAUGCUUUCCCCCAUUGAGUUAGGUCUGUUUUCCAAGAAAAUCCAUGACCUGGACAAAAAGAUUCAGCCAGGCUUUACCAAACUCUUCUGGAUGUUUAAAAUAUCUUCAAACACAUUUGUCAAGGACUGCAUUGUACAUAUUUCCAAGGUCCAGGUGAUUGUUGACGGUUACAAAGCAUCCAAUUUGACCAUUACCAACCUCUGUCGCCAUAUUAGCGAAACACUGUUGAUUCGGUUAGAUGGGAAGACUCUGUAUAGGAAUUGGGAGUUUGAGAGCGACCAGAGGGCUCACCGACAGAGACAGCAUGAAGUACUACGCAUUGCCCUUCAGCGCAUUGUUGACAUCAUGACUGACAUUCACAACACUUUCUCUAAAGAUGGACCUGAGGUACAGGAACAUUGGGUCACCUACACAGAGAAAGUGGACCACUUGCUGGAGGAGGCUCUACGCAACAAUGUGAAACGCUCCAUGCAGAAGUUGUCACAGGCCAUCAACGGAGACCGCAAGUCCUCACCCACUCCUUUGUUUAAAGUGCUAGUGUCACUACGCCAGGCAGACCCCCAAGCUGAGCUCAGGGUUGAGUUCUCGCCAUCUCUUCGAGAGCUGUGUCAGAUCGUAGACAUCCUACCUCAGAUAAUCAGUAGCAUCUCCAAAUUCAAACGAUUGCCUGAGCUCCUCUCUUGCCAACAGUCCCACGAGAAACCCAUACACGGCAAAAUUGAGAAUGAUGAGGAAAUAAGAGGUUUACAGGCUGCAAUUGGUGCAGGGAUGGCAGCCACAGCUAGUCGACUGAGGGAUUAUUUAAUGACCUGGGAUAAAUACCGAGACAUUUGGGAAACCAACAAGGACUCCUACAUAAAACGUUACCAAAAACUCAAUCAACCAGUUGCUUCUUUUGAUGCAGAUAUUCACAGAUACACAGAAAUAGAAACAAGUAUACAGCAGGAAGAGACAGUGACAAACUUCCAGUUCAUUGUGUUGGACUGUUCACCGCUCAAAACCUCGUUGGUACAGCACUGCAGCCAGUGGCAAACCAAGUUCAUGCAGCUUCUUCUACGCAUUGCUGCUCACUCCCUCAAAGACAUGCAUGCCUCCAUGAAUCGGAAUGCCAAGAGGUUGAAUGAACCUAACGCAACAUUGGCGGAACUCAGUCAGAGUCUGGGACUGCUGGAGUCCUUCCAACUCAAUUCAGCCAAGACAGAGACUGACAUUGUUCUUAUCCAUGAACAGUUUUCUGUUCUAGACAAAUACGGUUUCCCUCUGGAUCAGACAGUGCAGGACCUUCGUGGAACACUAAACAGCAAGUGGGAAUGGUUCCAACAGGUUCUUAUUGACAGCGAUGUCAUGCUGCAAGGGCAAAAGCAGAAUUUCAAGAGCGACUUGCUCAACUCCUCUGAGGAACUAACAGAGAAGAUUCAUGCAGCUGUACAGGAAUUCAACACUACAGGUCCUUUUGAAUCUACCUUCAGCACCACUGAGGCACUGAAGAUGACAGCGGAGCACUACAAAAAUCUUGAGGCGCUAAAAGAUGAGGACAAUUUAAUUUUGCAAGGCUUAAGCUUCUUCAAGAUAGAGCAGGAACCCUCCAAAACCAUUCAAGGCCUGGAGAAGGAUAUGGACUUCUUGCAGCAGGUCUGGGAGAUCACACAUGAGUGGGAGACCAACUGGAACAGCUGGAAGGAGGGCCAGUUUGCAACGCUUCGGACUGAGAAUAUGGAAAACAUAGCACAGGAUAUCUAUAAAAUCCUCCACAAACUUCAGAGACAACUCAAGGACAAGAACUGGGACAUUGUGGAUUGUUCCAAGAAAAAAGUUGACCAAUUCAGACGAAUCAUUCCUCUUAUUGCAGACAUGAGAAACCCAGCCAUGAGAGACAGACACUGGAAGCAGAUCUGUGAAGAGGUGCAGAGCUCAUUUGACCACACAAGUGUUGAUUUCACUCUGGAGAAGAUCAUCGCUCUGGGUUUCGACAAGUACUCAGACAAGAUCAGUGACAUCUCAGGAGCUGCCAGCAAGGAACUUUCCAUAGAACAGGGUCUGAAUGAUAUUAUCCAAACGUGGGAAGAAUUGACCUUGGAUAUUAUACCUUACAAAGACAAAGGUCACUUCCGUCUAAGAGGCACAGAAGAUAUUUUCCAAGCAUUGGAGGACAACCAGGUGGCCUUGUCCACCAUGAAAGCCUCUCGAUUUGUCAAAGCUUUUGACAAGGAGGUGGACAAGUGGGAACGUCAGCUGUCCCAAGUAAUGGAAGUUAUCGAAAUGGUCCUGACGGUGCAACGCCAGUGGCUCUAUCUAGAGAAUAUCUUCCAGGGCAAGGAUAUCAGGGAGCAGCUACCAAAAGAAUGUAAAGAAUUUGAAGAAAUUAGUAGCAGUUGGAAGAUCAUUAUGACUCGACUGAAUGAGACUCACAGCGCCCUUCAGGGAACACACCAUCCUGGUUUGCUGGAGACUUUGUCCAACAUGAAUACCAAGCUAGAGGAGAUCCAGAAGGCCCUAGAUAUGUACCUUGAGACCAAGAGGCAGAUAUUCCCACGAUUCUACUUCCUCUCUAAUGAUGACGUUCUGGAGAUCCUGGGCCAGUCACAGAACCCCGAGGCCAUGCAGCCGCAUCUCAAAAAGUGUUUUGACAACAUCAAGAGCCUGCGCACUGAAAAGGUGUCCAAAAGGUUAGAUGCUACAGCCAUGUACUCGUCUGACGGAGAGCUUGUGGAAUUUAUUAAGGCUGUGCCGCUGGACAAGCCUGUGGAGAUUUGGUUGUGUGACAUCGAGAAGGCCAUGCGUAGCACUCUAAAGAAUUCUUUGUAUGACUGUAUGAUGGCACUCAAGAAGAUGAAAAACCAGAGGGACAAGUGGUCCAAAGACUGGCCAGGACAGAUGCUCAUCACAGCAAGCCAAAUCCAGUGGACAACUGAUGUCACCCAGUCACUCGUUUCCUGUAAGGAGCUGGAAGACAAGGGCCCCCUUAAAAUAAUGAUGAAAAAGCAGGUGUCCCUACUAAGGCGAUAUUCUGACAUGAUCCGUAGCAAUCUUGCCAAGGUGCUGCGUUUGAAGAUUGUUGCCCUAGUCACAGUGGAGGUACAUGCCCGGGAUGUCAUUGCCAAACUGGCCAAGGCAGGCUGCAACGAUGUAAAUGCAUUUGAGUGGCUGUGCCAGCUGAGACUCUACUGGGAGAAGGAUGUGAACAAUUGCAUCAUCCGUCAGACUAACACACAUUUCAAAUAUGGAUACGAGUACUUGGGGAACUCGGGACGCCUUGUAAUCACUCCACUUACAGACAGGUGUUACAUGACCUUGACUACAGCGCUCCAUCUCCAUCGUGGUGGCUCUCCCAAAGGACCUGCUGGCACAGGAAAGACGGAGACCACCAAAGACUUGGGCAAAAGUUUAGGGAUGUAUGUCAUUGUCAUCAACUGCUCCGAAGGGCUAGACUACAAGUCUAUGGGUCGUAUGUUCUCUGGGCUGGCGCAGACGGGAGCAUGGGGCUGCUUCGAUGAGUUCAACCGAAUAAACAUCGAAGUGUUGUCCGUGGUUGCUCAGCAGAUCCUCUCCAUCCUUUCUGCCCUCUCGGCACUGCAAACCAGGUUUCAGUUUGAAGAACAUAACAUCGCCCUUGUGGCGUCGUGCGGCGUCUUUAUCACAAUGAAUCCUGGUUACGCUGGCCGUUCUGAGCUUCCGGAUAACCUCAAGUCCAUGUUUCGUCCUAUCUCAAUGGUGGUGCCAGAUUCUACUCUAAUUGCUGAGAUCAUACUGUUUGGGGAAGGUUUUAAUGACUGCAAGUUACUGGCAAAGAAGGUGUUUACCCUUUACUCUCUGGCCAUGCAACAGCUGUCCAAGCAGGACCACUAUGACUUUGGCCUCCGUGCGCUCACCUCCUUGCUCCGCUAUGCCGGCAAAAAGCGUCGUGUUUGCCCCAAUGUCCCUGGUGAAGAGGUCCUGCUCAUGGCCAUGAAAGAUAUGAAUAUUGCUAAAUUGACAUCAGCUGACCUGCCCUUGUUCACUGGUAUUAUUCAGGACUUGUUCCCUGAUGUGGAAACACCUGUUAUAGACUACGGCAAGCUCAAGGAAGCCAUCCAGGUGGAACUUCGUCAGAAAGGCCUACAGGUCACUCCUUUCACAUUGACCAAAGUCAUCCAAAUGUACGAGACCAAAAACUCCCGACACUCGUCGAUGUUGGUGGGUAAGACGGGCUGCGGGAAGACUGUGACGUGGAAAACUCUGAAAAAUGCCCUCAUUGCGAUGCACAACAAAGACGAGCCUGGCUACGAGCUUGUGCAGGAUUAUCCUUUGAACCCCAAAGCCAUGAGUCUGGGAGAAUUGUAUGGUGAGAAUGACCUCUCAACCAAUGAGUGGUCUGAUGGAGUCCUCUCUUCCGUUAUGAGAAUCGCUUGUGCAGAUGAGAAACCAGAUGAGAAGUGGAUUAUAUUUGACGGGCCAGUGGACACGUUGUGGAUAGAGAGCAUGAACUCUGUAAUGGACGACAACAAGGUGCUUACGCUCAUCAACGGUGAGAGAAUUUCCAUGCCCGAGCAGGUGUCUCUGCUCUUUGAAGUGGAGAACCUGGCACAGGCUUCCCCUGCAACAGUGUCCCGCUGCGGAAUGGUCUACAACGAUUACGUCGACCUCGGAUGGAAGCCCUUUGUCAAGUCCUGGCUCGAGAAACGGCAAAAGGCCGAGGUGGCACAUUUAGCACCUUUGUUUGACAAUUUCAUUGAAAAAACCCUGAACUUCAAGAAGAAAAACUGUAAGGAGUUGAUCCCCAUUACUGAACUCAAUGGCAUUGUCUCACUUUGCCGCCUAUAUGACGCUCUGACCAGAAAAAAGGUCAACAUAUCUGAUGCAGAAAACCUGGGUCGGGUCGUGGAGCUCUGGUUUACCUUCAGCCUCAUUUGGUCAAUUUGUGCCUCUGUCAAUGAAGAUGGGCGAAAGAGAAUGGAUAACUUCCUGCGGGAGGUGGAUGGCACCUUUCCCAUCAAGGACACCGUAUAUGAGUACUAUGUAAGCAUGGAGAACAAAGCCUGGGCUCCAUUUGAAAAUAAACUGCCAAAGGGGUGGCGCUUUAACCUCAACGCACCAUUUUACAAGAUCAUGGUUCCGACAGUGGAUACGGUUCGUUACAACUUCUUGGUAACAGCAAUGGUGAAUGCUCAGUACCCAGUACUCCUCACUGGACCGGUUGGCACCGGGAAGACCUCAGUGGUCCAUGGGGUCCUGCAUAGCCUGGACACUGGCAAGUGGACAACGCUCACAAUCAAUAUGUCUUCACAGACCACCUCAAACAAUAUCCAGGCCAUUGUGGAGAGCCGUUUAGAGAAGAGGACCAAAGGGGUAUAUGUGCCCAUAGGGGGCAAAGACAUGCUCUGUUACCUGGAUGAUCUCAACAUGCCAGCGCACGACCUAUUUGGCUCACAGCCGCCACUGGAGCUGAUUCGCCUCUGGAUCGACUACGGCUUUUGGUUUGACCGUCAGAAGCAGACAACAACUUAUGUUAAUAAAAUGUCCCUGUUGGCGUCCAUGGGACCCCCUGGUGGAGGAAGAACUCACAUUUCUGACCGCUUGCAAAGUCGUUUCAACCUCAUCAACAUGACGUUCCCCAAUGACUCCACAAUUAAACGCAUCUUCAGCACAAUGAUUAACCAGAAGCUUCAAGUUUUUAAGGAGGAUGUCAAGCCAUUCGGAGAUCUUCUAACCCAGGCUACUUUGGAGCUAUAUUAUUCCGUUAUUACACGUUUUCUCCCCACACCGGCCAAGACACACUACCUAUUUAAUCUCAGGGAUAUCUCCAAGGUGUUUCAGGGUCUGCUGAGAGCACAUCCAGAGUUUCAUGAUAGUAAAGUCAACAUGGUUAGACUGUGGAUCCACGAGUGCUUCAGGGUUUUCUCUGACCGACUUAUCGACUACAGUGACAUGAAUGCCUUUAUCACAAUAUUGGGGGGGAAAAUGGCCUCCCACUUUGAUCUUGUUUUCCACAACAUCUGCCCUGAAAAACAGCCCCCAGUAUUUGGUGAUUUCCUGGGUGAUUCAGAGGUGUAUGAAGACAUUUUGGACAUGUCGAGUCUCAAGAAGUUCAUGGAGACCCACCUUGAGGAAUAUAACACAACACCUGGUGUCGUGCCCAUGAACCUAGUGCUCUUUCGAGACGCCAUCGAACAUAUAACCCGAGUGGUUCGUGUUAUCAGCCAGCCAAGAGGCAACAUGCUGCUGGUGGGCAUCGGGGGCUCGGGACGACAGAGUUUGUCAAGAAUGGCCGCAUCCAUUUGUGACUACAGGGUGUUUGAGGUGGAAAUCACCAAACAGUACCGCAAGCUCGAGUUCAGAGAAGACAUUAAGAAACUGUACCGUCAGACUGGUGUGGACAACAGGCCCACUGUUUUCCUGUUCAACGAUACCCAGAUUGUGGUCGAAUCCUUCCUGGAGGACAUCAACAAUAUCUUGAGCUCUGGAGAAGUCCCCAACCUCUAUAAGCCUGAUGAGUUUGUGGAGAUUUGCAACGCCUUGUCCGACUCUGCCAGGAAGGAGAAUGUGUUGGAGACCCCAAAUUCUUUAUUCAGCUUUUUAAUCGAGCGAGUCAGGAGCAACCUGCAUGUUGUUCUCUGCAUGAGUCCAGUGGGAGACCCCUUCAGAAACCGUAUCCUGCAGUAUCCGGCACUUGUGAACUGCACAACCAUAGACUGGUUCUGUGAGUGGCCCAAGGAUGCACUGCUAGAAGUGGCUGAGCGUUAUUUGGCGGGAUUAGAUCUCGGAUCUGAGGGAGGCAAGACCAAGGUGGCAUCCAUCUUUGUGACUACACACCAGUCAGUGGUGACCUGCUCAGAGAAGAUGAAGGUGGAGCUGAAAAGACAUAAUUAUGUCACACCUACCAACUAUCUGGAGCUAGUGUCUGGCUAUAAGAAGCUUUUGGCAGAGAAGCGCUCAGUACUGGGCGAGCAGGUGAGCAAGCUGCGAAAUGGACUUUUCAAGAUCAGCGACACAGGCGAGAAGGUGGCUGCCAUGACCGUGCAGCUAGAGGAGGCUAACAAACAGGUGGCCGACUACCAGAAGGAAUGUGACGAGUACCUGACUGUCAUAGUACAGCAGACGAGGGAGGCUGACACGCAGCAAAAGACGGUGAGUGCCAAAAAGGAGAAAAUUUCAGCGGAGGAGUCUCAAUGCAAAGCCCUGGCGGCCGCUGCAUUAAAAGAGCUAGAUGAAGCUCUGCCAGCCCUGGAUGAGGCCACCAAGGCUUUGGAGUCUCUGAACAAAAAGGACAUGACAGAGAUUAAGUCCUAUGGCCGUCCGCCUGCUCUGGUAGAGAAAGUGAUGCAGGCAGUCAUGACCCUUCUCAACAAGGAGCCAACUUGGGCAGAAGCCAAGAGACAACUUGGUGAGGCCAACUUCAUCAAAACCCUGAUCAACUUUGACAAGGAAAACAUAUCGGACCGUGUGUUAAAGAGGAUCGGCAACUACUGCAGACAGCCUGACUUCAUGCCGGAAAUCAUUGGCAAAGUGUCUCUGGCUGCAAAGUCGCUCUGUAUGUGGGUCAGGGCCAUGGAGGUCUACGGAUGUGUCUUCAGGGUGGUGGAGCCAAAGCGGGAGCUGCUUAAUGCCGCCGAGGCCCAACUCGCUGGGAAGCAAGCCGAACUGUUCGAAUCUGAGAGCAAAUUGAAAGAGGUGGCGGACACAUUGUCACGGCUGAACAAACAGUAUGCAGAAAAAGUUGCCACCAAGGAGGAAUUGAAGAGGAAGUCAGACGAGAUGGAGGUAAAACUGGAUCGAGCUGACAAACUGGUGAAAGGUCUGGCCGGGGAGGGUGUCCGUUGGGAGGAGACUGUUAAGGGUCUUGAAAAGAACAUGGGCUACCUGGUUGGAGACUGUUUGCUCGCGGCAUCAUUUCUCUCCUAUAUGGGGCCCUUCCUUUCUAAUUAUAGAGUGGAGCUGCUUGAAAUCUGGAUGAAAGCAGUCCAGACUGAAGAUAUCCCGUGCACCCCAGGUUUUAGUUUUGCCACUUUCCUCUCCGACCCUACAGCAGUGAGGGACUGGAACAUUCAAGGCUUGCCGUCUGAUGCUUUCUCUACUGAGAACGGUGUAAUCGUCACCCGUGGAAACAGAUGGCCGCUGAUGGUGGACCCACAAGGCCAAGCUCUGAAAUGGAUCAAGAAAAUGGAGACAGCCAAAGGCUUGAAAUUAAUAGACUUUCAGAUGCCAGACUACAUGCUUAUAAUGGAGCAUGCCAUCCAGUUUGGGAAUCCUGUCUUGCUACAAAAUGUCCAGGAGGACUUGGACCCGGCUCUCAACCCAGUUCUCAACAAGUCCCUGACACGAAUAGGUGGCAGGCUAUUGAUGAAGUUGGGUGACAAGGAGUUGGAGUAUAGUCCGGAAUUCCGUUUCUACAUCACUACCAAACUGUCAAAUCCUCACUACACACCAGAGAUUUCCACGAAGACCACGAUUGUCAAUUUUGCUGUCAAGGAGCAGGGUCUUGAAGCCCAACUCCUAGGUAUUGUGGUGCGUAAGGAACGACCAGACCUGGAAGAACAAAAAGACAACUUGGUGAUGAGCAUUGCUUCUGGAAAGAGAAGCCUACAGGAGCUGGAGGAUGAGAUACUCAGGCUGCUAAAUGAGGCAAGUGGCUCUCUGCUUGACGACGUGCAGCUAGUGAACACCUUGCAAACGUCCAAAGUGACAGCCACUGAGGUGUCAGAGCAGCUGGAGACCAGCGAAGUGACCGAAAUACAGAUCGACACUGCUCGAGAGGGCUACCGUGCAUGUGCUCAGCGAGCCUCCAUCCUCUUCUUUAUCUUAAAUGACAUGGGCCGCAUUGAUCCAAUGUACCAGUUCUCACUGGAUGCCUACAUUAACCUGUUCAACCUAAGCAUUGAGAAAAGCAAGAGUAGCCUAAAGCUGGAAGAACGAAUAGUCAACUUGAAUGACUACCACACAUAUGCAGUGUACAAGUAUGCAUGCCGGGGUCUGUUUGAGAUGCACAAACUUCUCUUCAGUUUCCAAAUGUGUGCGAAAAUCCUCGAGGUCGCUGGCACACUCAACAUGGAUGAGUAUAGUUUCUUCCUCCGUGGCGGAAUUGUUCUUGAUAAGCGGGCUCAGAUGGAAAACCCUUGUAGUAGUUGGCUUGUGGAUUCCAGCUGGGACAAUAUCACAGAAUUAGAUAAACUGCCAAACUUUCAUGGGAUCAUGGCCUCAUUUGAAAAGUAUCCGCGGGACUGGAAGCUUUGGUUCACCAGUGCGGAACCUGAGAAGUCAACGCUACCAGGAGACUGGGAGAACAGUUGCAACGAGCUCCAAAGAAUGCUCUUAGUCCGUUCCCUGCGCCCUGACCGUGUCUUGUUUUGUGCCACCACCUUCAUCAUAAACUAUCUGGGCCCUCGCUUUGUGGAGCCACCUGUUCUCGACAUGAAAGCUGUCGUGGACGAAUCGACAUGCUUGACACCUCUGGUUUUUGUCUUAUCUCCUGGGGUGGAUCCCACAGGGGCUCUACUGACGCUGGCUGAGACAACGGGCAUGAGCAAAUCAUUCCAUGCUCUCUCCCUUGGUCAGGGCCAAGCGCCCAUUGCUAAGAAAAUGAUCGAAGAGGGAGUAAGAAAGGGUCACUGGGUCUUUCUCGCCAACUGCCACCUCUCUCUCUCCUGGAUGCCUGAGUUGGACAAGCUGGUGGAGCAGCUGGAGGUGAAGAAGCCCCACACAGACUUUCGAUUAUGGCUCAGCUCUUCACCACAUCCAGAGUUUCCCAUCAACAUUCUACAGGCAGGCAUCAAGAUGACCACAGAGCCACCGAAGGGAGUGAGAGCCAACAUGAAGCGUCUGUACCACCUGGUGACUGAGGCUCAGUUCACCCGCUGUGCCAAGCCAGUGAUCUACAGGAAACUGCUCUUCUCCCUCUGUUUUUUUCACAGCAUUCUGCUUGAAAGAAAGAAGUUCCUGCAAUUGGGCUGGAACAUUAUUUAUGGAUUCAACAAUUCAGACUUUGAGGUGAGCGAGAAUCUCCUCAGUUUGUACCUGAACGAGUAUGAAGAGAUACCCUGGGACGCCCUCAAGUACCUCAUCGCGGAGGUUAACUACGGAGGACACGUGACAGAUGAUUGGGACAGACGCCUUCUUACCACCUACAUCAACGACUACUUCUGCGAAGCUGCCGUCACCGAGGCUUCCUUCAAGUUGUCAACCUUAGCUGCAUAUUACAUUCCCCAUGAUGGACCCUUGUCCUCUUACAAAGACUUCAUCAACAUGCUGCCAACCCAUGAGCACCCCGACUUAUUUGGCCAGCACCCUAAUGCUGACAUAGCUAGCCAGAUCGCAGAGACCAGGACCCUGUUCGACACUCUUCUGUCACUACAGCCCCAGGUGACCAGCGCCAGCUCUGCGGGGUCAGGACCCAGCCGUGAGGACAAGGUGUUGGACCUGUUGGCGGACGUGCGCCAGACCAUCCCGAAUGUGAUAGACUACGAUGGUACCAGCUCACUCUUUCUUGAUCCUUCACCCCUUGAUGUGGUUCUGUUGCAAGAGAUCCAGCGAUACAAUGCACUGCUGACCAUGAUCAAGUCGUCGUUAGUGGAGCUGGAGAAGGGAAUCAAAGGGUUGGUGGUAAUGUCAUCCAGUUUGGAGGAGACCUUCAACUGUAUGUACGAUGCCAGAGUUCCACCGCUAUGGGAGAAGGGAUACCCCUCGCUCAAGCCCCUGGCAGCAUGGACCCGUGACCUCUGCCAGCGUGUUCUUCAGUUUUCGCGUUGGGCCGAGUUGGCGACGCCUCCAAUCUUGUUCUGGCUUUCAGGCUUCACGUUCCCCAACGGCUUCCUCACCGCUGUGCUGCAGUCAGCUGCCCGGCAAAACAAGGUAUCAGUUGACACGCUGUCUUGGGACUUUACUGUCUCCACACUAGAUGAGGCCCAUAUACAGAACCCACCCAAGGAUGGAGUGUAUGUGCGAGGGCUGUUCCUGGAGGGGGCCGCUUGGAAUAAAAAGGGCACAUGUCUGGUGGAGGCCGCGCCCAUGCAAAUGGUUUGUCCUAUUCCCGCCAUCAACUUUAAGCCUGUUGAGAACCGGAAAAAGAUGGCCAAGAACACAUACGUUUGUCCUUGCUACUACUUCCCUAUUCGUUCGGGCGGGGCGGGCAGAGCCUCUUUUGUUAUCGCCGUGGAGCUUAAAUCAGGCAGCGUAAAUCCGGAUCACUGGAUCAAGAGAGGCGCAGCGCUGCUCAUGAGCCUGGACAGCUGA